AUGGAUCUUGGUAGAUAUCUUGGAAGUGUAUUGGAAAACACCGAGAGGACACUCAAGGUUGCUAGGCUUGAGAAGGAAAUAGAAAAUAGAUGUAGAGUCCAAAGAGAUCUAAUUUUUUCACAACGACAUAUUGAUUAUCAGAUGAAGAAUAAAGAGAUGAAGGCCCGGAUGGAAUUGGAGAUAUGCAAGAUACUCCGAAAGUUUCAUGAAUGGAUAUUGAAGCAAAACCUUAGGUACACAAAAGCUAUCUCUUCAAAAACACAGGAUUCUGGAGAUAGAGUUGGAUCCAAAGGAAAAGGUAGCAAUGAAAGUAUGGAAAUAGUGUAUUGUAAGGAUCAGAUUUCUACGCUGCUCUCCCAUCUUUACAAUAAUGUAAAUAUGGGUGUUAGGCUAUUGAACUUUCAAAAGGCUUGUGAAUAUAGUAAUCGUGUCAAAAAUAUAAGAAGCGAUGUAAUGUAUUUGAUUAACAAGCUCGGAUUGAAUAUUCUCAAGGGAAUUGAGAAAGUAAUUAGGGAUUAUAACAACAGUAUGAAUGAAAAGGAGGACAUAAUAUUGGAAUGUGAAGACCUAAAGAUUAAGAGCCUAUUGGGACAGCUGAGGCAAAAGGUAAACGAAUAUGAAGAGAUUAUAAGGGAAGAGGCCAUCAGUAGGGUACUGGCUGUGCUAAGCCAAGGGUCUGUUGAAAAUGACAUUAGAUUUGCAAAACUUAUUGAUGAAACCUUGGAGAGAACUGAGGGUUAUGAGUCCCCAGAAAUAACAAGAAUGAGUGUUCAAUUCAUUAUAGCCAAAAAGUAUGUGGAAGACGUGGUUAGCUUGAAAGAGCAACCUUUCCUGCGAAGGUAUCUGGAAAGAAACACAAGACCGAAGGAGCAGAGACUUUGA